AUGGCUGUUGCGGAGGCCGUGUUCCCCCCCCCCAACCUCACCUCCAGCAACCAGAGCAGCUGCAACGUGCACAACCACCACUUCUCCGCCAAAGUCACCUUCUCCCUCUUCUACACUGCCCUGCUGGUGUUCGGUGCCUGCGGGAACAUCCUGGCCCUCUGCAUCACCUUCCAGCGCAGGAAGAAGAAACUCAACUCCACCGACCUCUACCUGGUGAACCUGGCCCUCUCUGAUGCCCUCUUCACCCUGGCACUGCCGGGCAGGAUCGCCUACUACAUCCUGGAGUUCAACUGGCCCUUUGGGGACUGGUUCUGCCGGGCCACAGCCUUCAUUUUCUACAUGAACACCUACGUGGGCAUUUACUUCAUGACCUGCGUAAGCGUGGACCGCUACAUCGCCGUGGUGCGCACCAGGCACCCCGGCAGGAUCCGGAAGAUGAGCCGUGCCAGGGGCGUCUGCGUCCUCACCUGGUCCUUGGCGUUCCUGCAGACGGCGCCGCUGCUUCUGCGGCCCAUGACGCGGAAGAUGGGGGACAAGCUGACGUGCAUGGAGUACUUCAACUUCGAGGAGAUUCCCAAGCUGCCCUACCUGCUCCUGGUGGCCUGCGUGCUCGGCUUCUUCCUGCCCGUGGGCAUCAUCUUGGUGUGUUACGUGAGGAUCAAUCUCAAGCUCUGCCAGACGGCCAAGGAGAACCCGUUGACAGUGAAGAACGGGCACCACCGCCGGGCCUUCACUGUCAUCCUGGUGGUGCUGCUGGCCGUCCUGCUCUGCUUCAGCCCCUACCACCUCAACAUCAUCCAGUUUAUGGUCAGGAAGAUCCUCUAUCAGCCGUCCUGCCGUGAGCAGCAAGCCUUCAAGAUGUCCCUACAAGUCACUGUGGCAUUCAUGAACCUCAACUGCUGCAUCGACCCCAUCAUCUACUUCUUUGCCUUCCGGGGCUACAAGCGGAGGCUGCUCCGCAUCUUCAGGAACAGUGGCUCGAUGGCCACCUCCUCCACUGCCAAGACCCCCUCCGAGAGCAACAGCAACAGCCAGCCGCCCGGCUCCGUCUCUGUCUAG